UCUUCCUUUUUUUCAAGUUUCGUAAAAGUUUGGUUUAGGAGAUGGGUUUUUAUGCACGUAUGUAUGUCUUCAAUUUUUCUUUUGAUUAUGGCAUGGAGUAAUUUGGGUUAAAAUGUUUAUGGAUUUGUUGAAGAUUGGUCUUGUUAAGCUUCCAUGGUGGUAAUGGAUUGUUCAUGAUAUCAGAUGUUCCAUAUUCUACUUACUGCCAUAUGGAGGGAUUAGGGAAUAGUUCAUACAUCAUCACCCAUAACUUCUUUGUAUCUCGUGGGGGGAAAUCCAUCAUAUAACGAGAACGUGCUGCCGUGUUUGAUCUUAAGCCAUGAUAAAACUCUUUGAUGCUCACUGUCAUCUACAAGACCCCAAAAUCUUUAACCACGCCCCCAAGCUUAUCAAGACAGCUCUAGAGAAUGGGAUAGUUCAUUUUGCCGUCAAUGGGGUCUCCGAGAAAGACUGGCACUUGGUCAAGCAGAUGAGCGACAACCAUCCUUCUAUAAUCCCUUCCUUUGGGCUCCACCCAUGGUUUAUCAUGGAUCGGACCCCCUACUGGUUCAGUUCUUUAAGAAAGUUCUUGGAUUCCACUCCUUCAGCUGCAGUAGGAGAGAUUGGUUUGGACAAAGGGUCACAUGGAAAGAUGAUUAGUUUCACAGAUCAGGUUGAAACCUUCCGUUUGCAGCUUCAACUUGCCAAAGAGCUAAAAAGGCCAGCUUCUGUGCAUUGUGUGCGUGCUUUCGGAGAUCUUCUUGACAUAAUGAAAUCAAUUGGGCCAUUUCCUCAAGGUGUAAUCUUGCACUCGUACUUGGGUUCUGCCGAAAUGGUUCCUGAAUUUGCUAAGCUCGGGGCUUAUUUUUCCUUUUCGGGGUUUCUUAUGGCGAUGAAAGAAAGCAAGGCAAAAAAAAUGCUAAAAGCAGUGCCUUCUGAUAGGAUUUUACUGGAGACUGAUGCACCAGAUGCAGUACCUAAAGUGAACAAUUCAGAAUCCCUUUUUUUGGUCGACGUACAGGAUUCAAUUGCAAAUGAUGGACACCCGAAACAGAUGCUUAAUCAUCCAGCCAAUAUCCAGUUCGUGCUUUCUUAUGUUGCAUCUUUACUUGAUAUGUCUAAAGAAGAUGUUGCGGAUUUAAGCUACAGAAAUGCGGUGAGCUUGUUUUCUUACGAGGGCUCCAAAUUACAAGGUUAGUUCAGUGUUUUACAAAAUCUAUAGCAUGGAAUUGUGCUUAUGUUUUGGCCAUCAGUAGGGCAUCAUGACAUUGGCACGUCUUCUAUCGAAUUCUUCAAGUCGUAUAUGGUAUACAUCACUAGCUGUUGGUCUUUAUGGAUACCAUCGCUCUACUUUUUGAGAUAGAGGUUAGGUUUACAUACAUGUUACCCAGAUCAUACUGCCCUGGUUUGGUUUUUAUUGUAUAUGUGGUAGAUGGAAUAAUUGGUUUUUAUUGUAUAUGUGUAUAAAUAAUUGGUUGAAAUUGUGGUUUGAA